CAAUAUCACUGUCAACCAUGGCCAACGCAGCAAACCCCGAGAAACGCAUCACCUUUGAGGAAUACCUCGGCUGUACCGAGGCAUGCUUCGAGUGGGCGGACAGCUAUGACACCAAGGACUUUGAACGGCUGAGGAAGUGCAUCGCUCCGACCCUGAGGAUCGACUACCGUUCGUUCCUUAAUAAGCUCUGGAAGGCCAUGCCGGCUGAGGAGUUCAUCAAGAUGGUGUCAGAUAAGAAGGUGAUUGGCAACCCCCUUUUGCGGACGCAGCACUUUAUGAGCGGCAUCAGCAAGUGGGAGAAGGUGUCGGACACCGAGAUUAUCGGUUACCACCAGCUCCGCGUGCCUCAUCAGGUCUAUACCGACUCAAGCUGCACCAAGGUUGCUGUCACGGGCCAUGCCCACAGUCACAACACCCAUUAUUACAAGAAGAUCAAUGGCGUCUGGAAGUUUGCCGGUCUCAAUCCGGAUAUUCGUUGGACCGAGGGUGACUUUGACAUGGUCUUUGCUGACGGGCGUGAGGAAUUGGGCGAGGCCAACUAAAGCGAUAAGACGGGCGCCGUCGUGUUAGCAGACUUGGUAGCGAAUUCGAAUCAAGUAUAACCUAGA